AUGAUUUACUUUAUACUCUUCUCCUUGUACGUUUCAAGUACACAUUCCAGCUCCGCAAUUUACUUUCAAGAAAAUACUAAUGAAGAAUUGAAAAUGUGUACGGUUAAAAUUAUUGUAACGCAACUAAGAAAAGGCGCUGAAUUAACUGUGAUAAGUAACGCUGAAGAUUUAUUGUCCGAUAUCCAUAAUUCCACUCAUGUUCAAUUAAUAUUUCGCGACGCGGAUAUGCAUCCUGAAAAUUAUACUUAUAUAGAAGCAUAUUUAAUUUCAAUUACUGAUGCCAACGAUUUAGAUAAUAUACUAAGUAUUUUAAAACAGGAGUGGAGUUGGAACCCUAAUGCCAAGUUCGUAAUAACAUUAAGAUGUCAAGCACAUAUUGAAGAAUUACGGGCUGUUUUUAAUUUGUUUCUCGUUUCUCACAUAUUAAAUAUUUUGCUUAUCGCUAAAUUUGACAGCAAAAAUUUCGUCUAUACAUAUUUCCCUUAUGAGGAAGGCAAUUGCGGACGCUAUCACGAAAACAUAAUAAAAAAUCUUUCUUGCGAUGAACUUACAAGUGAUUUUAAUAUUUUUCCCGACGAUAGUUCCAGAACGUUGAAAAAUUGUACAGUGCGUGUUCUUACUCACCACAAUCCUCCAUUUACAUUUCUUCCAAAUACGAGGGAUAGUAAAAUUGGUCUUGAAGAGCGAGUUUUGGAUUUGUUAGCUGAGAGUGAGAGAUUCCAUGUAUCCUAUACUUAUGAUCUCGUGUCUGUCUCAUUUGGGCACGUCAAUCCUCCUAAUUUUACAGUAACCGAACUUUUAGAAGGAAUACAAAAUAACGAAGCGGAUGUAAUUAUGGGUGGUUUUUUUUUACUUACAAAUACUUUGUAUCUUUGUGAUUGUAUUUGGACAUAUUUUGGAUCGACUGAAAAUUAUUUAAAAUUGUUUUCAUCACAGAGAGAAUACCUUGGAAGAUGGAGGAUAAUUUACAAUAGCUUUGAUGAAAAUACCUGGAUUUCAUUACUAGUAUCUUUAAUCAUUAGUAGAAGGUGAGCAAAACUAUCGUGGUAAAGUUAUUUUAUAUGUUUGGGGUUCAUCAUUUGGAAAUAUAUCACCAUAUUUUAUGAAACUUAUUCGAACGAAGCGAUAUUUAUUAUUUUGGAUUGGGUUUGCUUUUUUAAUGAGUAA